GCCAGAUCCUUCCUCUUCCUCAUCAUCCCAGAGCUCAUCUGUGCUUGGAGCAGGGCUGCCUGUGCCCAGCGGGUGGGUGCAUCUAUCCGGGCAGGGAGAUAGUGCGGCCCCGAGAAAGCUUCUGGCCACACUUGAUUCCCAGCCUGCUGAAGAAACCCAAGCGCCAUGACUCUGGCCGCGUACAAAGAGAAGAUGAAGGAGCUCCCCCUUGUGUCCUUGUUCUGCUCCUGCUUCCUGGCCGACCCCUUGAACAAACCAGUGUAUAAAUACGAAGCAGACACCGUCGACCUCACCUGGUGCGUCAUUUCGGACAUGGAAGUCAUUGAGCUGAACAAGCGCACCUCGGGCCAGUCCUUCGAGGUGAUCCUAAAGCCGCCGUCCUUCGACGGGAUCCCCGAGUUCAACGCCUCCCUGCCCCGGCGGCGCGACCCCUCGCUGGAGGAGAUCCAGAAGAAGCUGGAGGCGGCUGAGGAGCGGCGGAAGUACCAGGAAGCGGAGCUCCUGAAGCACCUGGCAGAGAAGCGGGAGCACGGGCGGGAGGUCAUCCAGAAAGCCAUCGAGGAGAACAACAACUUCAUCAAGGCGGCCAAGGAGAAGCUGGCGCAGAGGAUGGAGUCCAACAAGGAGAACCGGGAGGCCCACUUAGCCGCCAUGCUGGAACGCCUGCAGGAGAAGGACAAACAUGCGGAAGAGGUGCGGAAAAACAAGGAGCUCAAGGAAGAAGCCUCCAGGUAGAGAGGCCAGGACGAUGGCGGUUUGGACUGACAGCGCCGGUGAAGCUUUGCGACCGAUGACGGGGAGUUCCUCUGCUUGCUUUGUUUGUGAAUGUAAAGAAUUGACCAGUGAAGCCAUCCUAUUUGUUUUGGGGGUGGGAGGGGAGAUGGGGAGGAGAGAGAUGGGGCAGGGAGGUGUUUGUUGGAGGGAGGAUGGGGAGGGCUGGGGGGGAAUAGACACACCCCGUUUGGGAAGUCUACAAUCCUCUCCACGGUUUCAUUUUUACUUCCUCAUCAUUAGUGUCCAAGAAAGAGUCCAAACGAACAAAGGGUCGGUGACGCUGGCUGUUAGGGGAGGUGACAUGACGGGGUGGGAGAGGGAUGCACAGCGUGGGUGACUUUAAUUUGGGGAUCAGGGCUGAGCGGACGGGGCUGCCCUGUCUGCAUCUCUCUGUAACUGUGGGCAGGAAAGUCGUCUCUCGGGGGUGCGUGUAGCCUGUUCUGUGUUUGCCAUGAACUUUGGUCAUUAAUACAAAUGAAACAUCUCCUC